AUGUCGAAGCGGACCGUCUUCACGAGCAUCACGCCUCUGCCGGCGGGCAUCUCUCGCGAGACGGCCAUCGGCUUCCUCCACGACCACGUCGAGAUGAUCGACCUCAACCCGCUCAUCAUCCGGCGCGAGCGGAUCGAGCCACCGGCGCACGCGGCCCCCGAGGAGCGCGGCUGCGUCUGGUACCAGCUCACCGACAGGGUCGCCUACCUGCCGGGGGGCCUCGUCACGAGCGAAGUCUCGUACACGUGCGCCUUCCACGACCUGCCGACGGGCCUGCAGACGCACUGCUACGCCCCGCUCGGCCUCGAGAUUCGCGACCGCUGGUCCGUCGCCGGGUCCCUGCCGGGCGAGCCUCACGAGCCGGUCGAGCUCGGCCUCGGGGCUCCGGCCAGCGGCCUGUACCUGCGCGAGGACGUAGACAUGCGUUGCAACUUUGUCAUGGCCGCCUUUGUCAAGAGGACGCUGAAGAAAUCGCACGGCGCCCUCGUCGACCAGCUCGCCGACAAGGCCAGGCGCAGCGACGCCGACAAGGCCACCGCCGGCACCGACGACGGCCAGGCCCCUCGAGAGGCGACAUCGUCCCCGGUCGCAGCGGCAGAGAUGGCGUCGAACCCGAGCCAGAGUCCUGCGCUGAGAGCGGAGCUGGAAUGA